UCUUCACUUCCUGUCGCUCGCUGAAGAGCUUAUAUCGUGCACAGUACACACACUCACAUACACACACGACAGUUAUGGAGGGAGUCUUGCCGUGUCCGUUGCUGCUCCUGCUGCUGCUGCAUCUAAGUCCUGAAGGCGCAUCAACCCCCACCCUGGCCCAGGACUGCAAUACUGCCGACAUAAUAGUGGAAGAAGGAAAACGAGACGCCAUCAACACCACAAACAUCACCUGGAAUGAUGGAGAAUAUGUCGGUGAACUUACUGUGUUUAUGAAGCCUGAGAGUGGCUUUGAGGGCGUGAGUCUUGAUGUGCGGACAAGUGACGUCACUCACCACACUGCCUGGUUCCCUGCCGAGAGAUGUUUCCCGCGCGAUGGCAAGUGGCUGACAUUCACGACGAUAAUUUCGACAACACGGACGGGUCUUUUGUUUCGCUUCUGGUCUACUGCAUGCCAGAAGGAGUGCGAGAUCAACGCUGUCCAGAAAAUACCUGUGAACCUCAGCAUAGUGCCUCACGGCCCUUCCAGGUGGUUGACCCAGCAGCAGCCACCUGAAAACUGUGGGCACCAGCUCUUAGGUAAUUCAGAUUUCAACAAAACGGGCAGUUGCAUACACUCUCCAUCCACCACCACCACCAACAAUACCACCACCUCCACCCGUGGAACGCCCUCUGCUCCUAAGAUGACACUUUACGUUUACAUAGUGGGGUCAGCAGCAGCAGCAGCAGCAGCAGCGGUGGUGGUGGUGGUGUUCUUUUGGAAGCAGAAAGCUGCCACAUCACCGCACCACGCCCAGCCGGACUCUCCCCGCCCCCACCAAGAUGAGCACGUCAUAGAAAACAACAUCUACGAACCAUUUGAUGAUCCCACUAACGACGCGCCGCAAACCUUCCAGAACGAACUGUACGAGUCCUUCAGCGGCCACGCCGGACGCCGGCACGACUCGUAAACGAAUGUAGGAUAUUUUGGCCACGGACAUUUUGGCUACGGACACUUUGGUCAUUGGCCACCAAACUAGGACGGUUUGGCCACGGCAGCAAACCUUAGGAGGAUGUUUUGGCCACGAAAAAUUCACAGUACUGUUCUUUAUUUUUCACAUAUUUUUUUUUCACUUAUAAUUCGUGAUUGUGAAAAUGUCUGACCAGUUUACUUCUUACUUGAUUAAUUACUUACUUAACUUGAUUAAUCUUACCAGAUUACCUUACUUAAUUAAUCAUUACCAGAGAGAGAGAGAGAGAGAGAGAGAGAGAGAGAGAGAGAGAGAGAGAGAGAGAGAGAGAGAGAGAGGAAUUAGAUCUUUUACUGCCAUACGAGUUUGUUUUGAACUGUGAAGCAGUUGGUGGUUUGUGAGGUUUCUGACCGAGGUGAGGAACAGCCUGAUUGGAGGUACUUUGCACAGUACUUACUACUCCACCAUGUCAGCUGAGCUUGAGGUCACCACAUCAAAUCGAGGUGAACAGAAAAUCUGCCUGGAUGGCUUUAUGUACACUAAGAAGCAUGUUGCAAAAUCAGUGGAUGAGAUAGUUUUUCGGUGUGUCAAGCGGGCUAGUCUGAAGUGCCCUGGUAUACUAAAGACAACCAAAAGUCUUGGUAACCCUGAAGUUGUGACCUCGCAUAACCAUCUUUCUGACACAGUUGGAUGCCAAGUGGAGCAAGCUCGACAGGGUAUGAAGAGGAAGGCUUCGAACACCAAUGAUCAGCCUAAUCAGAUUCUCGCCUUCACAGUCGCGGCACUGCCCGCGGAGGUCAAAGCACGCAUGCCUAGGUCUGAUUCUAGUAAGCGUGUCCUUCGUCGCAUCCGGGCUGCACACCGUCCCAAGGAUCCACAGUCUCUUCAAGAGUUGGAAAUCCCUGAUGACUGGACAUCCCACCUCCACUAUGACAAUGGACCAGAGGCAGAUGAGCGUAUUAUCAGCUUUACCACCCCCAAUCAUCUGGAACUGUUAGCACGCUGUGAUGAGUGGUGUAUGGAUGGCACAUUUUCGGUAGCUCCGAGACUCUUCACCCAGCUAUAUGUCAUCCAAGGUCGAGUCAACAGUGUUUAUCUACCUCUUGUGUACGUCUUGCUGCAACGCAAGACACAAAGUAGCUACGAACAAGUCUUCAGGGUCCUGGCGGAGAGUGGCUGUGAUCCCAUUUCAGUCAUCAUCGACUUUGAGAGGCCUGUGGAGCUGGCCCUUCAUGUGGUAUUCGGGGAGGAGGUCCAGGUGCGGUUCUGUUUCUAUCAUCUAACCCAGUCCAUCUGGAGGCAGAUCCAGCACCUGGGUCUCAAAAACCUAUACGAAUCCGAUGAGGAGUUCCGCCUCUUCUGUGGUCAGGUGGAUGCACUGGCCUUCCUGCCCCCAAAAGAUGUCAAGGAUGGCAUGUCAUACCUUCGAUCUACCAUGCCUGAGGAGGCUGCUCCACUCUUGGAAUACUUUGACUCCACCUAUAUUUCAGGCCAACUGCGUCAUUGUCGUAACAUCACUUCCAAGUCAGGACACCUACAGCCAAUCUCGAUUCAUCUACGUCGCACGCCACCUAUGUUCCCGCCUGAGAAGUGGAAUAUGCACCACGCAACUCUAAACAACCAGCCAAGGACAAAUAACAUUUGCGAGGGGUGGAACAACAAGUUUUUCCGCCUGGUGGGACAUGCCAACCCCACGGUGUGGAAGCUGAUAGAGUGUCUGCAAGCUGACGCUGCCACUGUGGAUGAAAUUCUGCUGCAGCAAGAACGCGGCAUUCGCUCUGCUAAGAGGUUUAAGAAGAUAUACAAGGAAUUACACAUCCGCAUCCAAAACCUGGUCAUCGAUUUGAAUGAAGGGAAGAAGACCAUCCCACAAUUCCUCCGAGGCAUCAGCUAUAAUCUUAGAGGUGGAGAUAUGAAUGCGUAGCAUGUGAACCUAUACUUUUUAAUGACAAUUUUAAUUUAAAAAAUGCUCUAUUGCAAUUUUUCAAAAAUGCUCAAUUACAUUUUAAAUACCAAUAUUUUUGUUGAGUUUAUCACAUCAAAUAUCCUAUCUUCCUUGGGUGGCGAUUUAUUUUUAAUUUAAUGGCCAAAAUGUCCGUGGCCAAAAUAUCCUACUUUCCGUGGCCAAAAAGUGGCAAGUUGCGAUUUGAUGGCCAAAACGUCCGUAGCCAAAACAUCCGUGGCCAAAACAUCCGGCUACCCUCGUAAACGGCCCCAAGACAGCGCCCACCACACACACUCCCGCUGCCUGACGGGGCACGCACGCACGCACGGCGUAGAGAGAGAGAGAGAGAGAGAGAGAGAGAGAGAGAGAGAGAGAGAGAGAGAGAGAGAGAGAGAGAGAGAGAGAGAGAGAGGUUUAAACAUGCUGCAUUAUUUCCUUUUAGUCUAUAGUCAGUUUCAAAGUGAGCAAAGAACACACAGCGAAACCUUACAAAUAUAUGCCAAGGAUUGCCGAUUAUGGCCUAGCACGUGAUUACACACACACACACACACACACACACACACACACACACACACACACACACACACACACACACUGAAUUAGUACAAGAUCAAGACUAACAAUAGAGUACCUUCUCAUCUAACUCAGUGUGCCCUAAAGAUGAGGAGAAAAAGUUUCCUUCUCGACCGGAAACUAUUACAUUCUCACCAGGCCGCGUAAGGGCCUGUGUGAACAUAAGAACAUAAGAGCAUAAGAAAUAAGGGAAGCUGCGAGAAGCGACCAGGCUUACACGUAGCAGUCCCUGUAUGAAAUAUAGCUACCUAUUUCCAUCUAUUAUCCCCAUCCAUAAACCUGUCUGAUCUUCUCUUAAAGCUCUCUAAUGUCCUAGCACUAACAACAUGAUUACUGAGUCCGUUUCACUCAUCUACCAAUCUAUCUGAGAACCAGUUUCUUCCUGUCUGCUUCCUAAACCUAAUUUUUUCAAGCUUGAACCCGUUAUUUCUUAUUCUACUCUGGUUGCUUACAUCCCCCUUGUUAUAACCUUAAUACCACUUAAAGACUUUUAUCAGGUCCCCUCUUAACUUACGUCUCUCUAAGUCUAAAGAAUGUAAAUUUAACAGCUUCAAUCUCGCCUUGUAAGGAAUACUCCUCAUCCCCUGUAUCCUUUUAGUCAUUCUCCUCUGUACUGAUUCUAAUAGACCUAUAUCUUUCCUGUAAUGUGGGGACCAGAACUGCACAGAGUAGUCUAGAUGAGGUCUGACCAGCGUCAAGUAUAACUUUAAUAUUAUUUACGGCCUUCUACUUUUAACACUCCAAAAAAUUAAUCCUAGUACCCUAUUUACCCUGUUUCUGGCCUCUAUGCAUUGUUUUCCUAGACGAAGUUCAGAGCUCACUGUAACUCCUAAAUCUUUCUCGUACCCUGUACCUACCAGAGUUUCGUUGUUUAAUGUGUACCUACUGUGUGGGUUUCCUCUACCUACGCUAAGCAUUUUGAAUUUAUUGAUAUUAAAUUGCCUUUGCCAUCUAUCCGUCCAUUCAUUCAUUCUAUCUAAGUCUGCCUGCAAGGCGAUGGCAUCCGAUUCUGACCUAAUUAAUUUACCUAUCUUUGUGUCAUCCGCAAAUUUACUAACAUCACUACUAAUUCCACUAUUCAAGUCAUUGAUAUAUAUUAGAAAUAACAAUGGCCCUAAUACUGAUCGCUGUGGCACCCCACUGAUUACAUGACCCCACUCGGAUUUUGAGCCGUUUAUUACCACUCUCUGUCGCCUGUUACCAAGCCAUGACCCUAUCCAGCCUAACACCUUCCCAUCUAUCCCGUGUGUCCUACCUAACCUUUCUCAGGAGCCUUUCAUGGGGUACCUUGUCAAAUGCUUUACUAAAGUCCAGAUAUAAGAUAUCAUAACUAUCACCAUUAUCUACUGCCUCGUACACCUUACUGUAAAAACUUAACAAGUUUGUCAGGCAAGACUUCCCCUUCGUGAAGCCAUGCUGUGACUGAUUUAUCAAGUUAUGUUUGUCUAAAUGUUGCCUAAUGUUCCUCGCUAUUAUUGACUCUAAUAUUUUACCUACAACUGAGGUUAAGCUGACAGGUCUAUAGUUAGACGCUAAAGUUUUAUCUCCUUUCUUAAAGAUGGGUACUACAUUAGCCUGCCUCCACAUUACUGUUACCUCACCUGACUCAAGUGAUUUCCUUAAGACAGAAACUAACAACUCACUAAUAACCACUUUGCAUUCCUUAAGUACUCUGGGAUAUAUUUCAUCUGGUCCUGGUACUCGUAUCUUGAACUUUUUUAGCCUAUCUAUCUCCUGUUCCACUAUCUCCUAAGUUAUGAAAAUAUCUGUCAGCUUCUCAUUCUUGUCUGCUCUAAACAUCUGUUCACUAUCUGGCAUAUCCUGCAUGUUUUCCUGGGUGAAGAACUAACCAGCUCCCUAUCUGCUGCCUUUAAUGGACCUAUAGUAUCCUUAUUCUUCGUCCUGUUCACCUGAUAAAAUCCCUUGGGAUCCGUCUUCACCUGGCUGGCUACUUUUAAUUCAUAAUUUCCCUUAGCUUUCCUCGUUAACUUCCUAACCGUUCUAACUAAUUCAUUAUAUUGUGACCUUAAAACUUCUUCACCUGCCCUUAAUCUCUUAUAUAUACUUCUCUUACGCCCUAUAUAAUGCUUUAACCUAGCAGUCAUCCAUUAAGGGUAAUUUUUCUGUGAUCUUAUUGCUAACUGACCUGUAUGAACUUUAUCUACGAAAUAUUUAUACAACUCAUCUACAUUUACUUCACUUAAUCUCCUCAUCUCGGCCCCUUCCAUCCUCUCCACUCCUUCAUCUACUCGCCUCGACCUCACCUCUCUCAUUUCAGCAUGACUUGACCUUCUAACAUACUCACAUCUAUCUCCCCCUCCCUCUCUCCUCCACCCCUUCUGGACACAUCUUCCCUCCUCUUGUCCUACACCCUCAUGCCUCACCUCAUCUCUCUCAUCCUGCCUUAUCUCUCUAAACUCCGUCCCUGAUCUGACCUCACCCUGCAUCCGUUGCCAGUCAACCCCAUGGAGGUACCUUUUUAAUUGCUCAAAAUCUGCUCUCCUAAAGUCAGGUAUUUUACUAGUGUUUUUACUUCUAAAAGUUUCUUCCCAUUUUAAAUUGUACCUAAUUUCCCAAUGGUCACUGUUACCUAGCUGUCCUCCAACCUCUACCUGCGUGACUGCUUCCUUCCUGUUAGUAAGAAUUAAAUUAUAAUAUUAUUCCCCCUUGUGGGUUCUACGACUACCUGUUUUUUUAUUCUUUUUAAAUAUCCUGAAUUACCUUAAGAAAUUCCUCUGCUUCCUUGUUACCCACCAUCAGACUCCAGUCGAUAUUCCUAAAAUCAAAAUAUCCUAUCACACAUACCUGACUGUACCUGCCUGCUCUAUUUAUUUCUUGCCACAGUGAGGUGUUAAUUUCCUUUGUACUGGUCGGUGGUCUGUACACUACUCCCAGUGUGUGUGUGUGUCAUUAUAAUUUAGUGUUUGUAAUAUUCAUUAAAU